GAGGGUAGUGUGUGGAAGAUGAAGCUAAACGACCGGAGCGCCAUCCUCCACCACAAAUCACAGUUAUGGGACUUUGCCCGCUACUGGCACGGGGCGCUGCUGCAUGGUGGGAUUGUUUACAUCGUUGCUGGGGAAACGCCGGAGAACUCUGACCUGCAGGACUCCUGGUCAAUCGAGCUUCAGGGUGUAUUCCAGUCUGUGCGGAACCUCCGGCCGGCCAACAUCACCCGCUGCAUGGCCUGUGUUCGGACCAGCAUGGAGAAGGCUAUGCUUAAAGACUCGCUCUCCAUGGAAGUCAGUAGGGUAUGACCUGGGACGUGACUAGCUAUACUCACAAGGACUAGACUGUGCUGAGCUGGAGAAACGUGAAUUGAAACGAACUGAACUGAGUUGAGAAAGACUGAAGCCAGUUGAACUGAGAUGACAAGGACUGGACUGACGUAGGCUCAACUAAGCUGAGAUGAUUUGAACUGAAAUGAAAUUAAAUGAAGUAAACUGACCUAAUCUGUGCAGUGCUAAAUUGAGAUUAACUGAAAUGUACUGAAAUGAAUUGAGAAGAGCUAAAGUAUGACGAACUGAACAUGUCUGAACUGAACUGAACCGAACCGAACCCAAUGCAUGGCCUAUGUGGAGAUCAGCACGGAGCAGGCUCUGCUUCAAGAUUUGCUGGCCCGGGAGGUCAUCUAGGCGUGACCAGGAACAGAUGAGACAGAACUGAACUGUAGUGAGGUGAGCUGGAUAAAACUGGACUGAAUAAAAAUAGAGAACUGAACUGAUUUGAACCGAUUUGAACUGAGUCGAGAUGAACCAAACUGAUCUGAACUGAACUGAGGUGAUUUAAACUGAGUUUAGGUGAACUGAAUUGAACUGACCUGUACUAGGUUGAGAUGAAAUGAUCUGAGAUGGAUUAAUACGAGUUGAGCUGAAGUGAACUGAGCAUGAGAUUAAUUUAAUUGAAGUGAACUGACUUCAGAUGAAAUGAAGAGAGAGGAGAUCGAUUGUACUAUGCUGAGUUGAGCUGUACUGAAAUGAGGUGAAUGAUAAACGGACAUGGAAAGAACUGAUUUCAAAGAACUGAACUGAGCUGGACUGAAUUGAAGUUAGACGAUCUGAUCAACCUAAGACGUGAAGGUUCUCCUGUCUUCGAUUUAUAGUGUCACUUUCUAAAAUAUCUAGCUAGAGAUACACGCUCAAGUUUCGUGUUUUCAACCGGGGUUGAAAUCUUAAUCUACAAGUUUGUUGCCCAGAUAGUUUUAUAAAGCUCUCAAUCACGUCUGAUUGGGGACAAAACACUUUUAAAAGGGUCCACCGCUUAAACGACCUAACAUGUUAUAUUGUAUCGUAUAAGUGAGGGUGUACUAAUAA